CUCUAAAAGAUUUGAGGGCUUGUAUGAGCUAAAGUUUGUGCGCACCUUUCUACCACAGUCCCCAUAUGUAUAUUAUCAUUACUUAACCAAAAGGGUAUCACAUGGUUGGCUUCCUAAACUAAGAUGUUUGCGAACACUGUCAUUGUCAACAUACAGAAAUAUCACUGAGUUGCCUGAUUCAAUUGGAAAUUUGGUGCUUUUGCGGUAUCUUGACCUUUCCUCUACUUCCAUCAAAAGACUACCUGAUGCAACCUUUACACUUUACAAUUUGCAAACUCUGAAAUUAGCAAAUUGUAAAUUUCUUAUGCAGCUUUCAGGACAGAUAGCAAAUUUGGUCAAUCUACGCCACCUAGAUAUUAGGGACACAAAUUUGAAUGAGAUACCAAAACAAAUAUGCAAACUACAAGAUCUUCGUACAUUGACUUCCUUUGUUGUAGGAAGGGAAGACGGAUUAAGGAUCAAAGAAUUAGGAAAAUUUCUUUUUCUACAAGGUAACCUUUCCAUUUUGAAGCUACAAAAUGUUGUUAAUCCCAUGGAUGCAUUUCAAGCCAACAUGAAGAAAAAAAAGCAGAUUGAGGAGCUUACACUGAAGUGGGGAGAAGAUCCACAAGAUUCACAAAUUGAGAAAGAUGUAUUUGAGAACCUACAACCAUCAACAAAUCUAAAGAAACUCACCAUCAGAUACUAUAGUGGCACAAGCUUUCCGAAAUGGUUAAGUGAGUCUUCGUAUUCGAAUGUUAUAGUCCUUCGUAUCAGUGACUGCAACUAUUGCUUGUCACUUCCACCAUUUGGACAAUUACCUUCACUUAAGGAGCUUGUGAUUCAAAGGAUGGAAAUGGUGAAGACAGUUGAUGAAGAAUUCUAUAGCAACAAUGAAAGAUCCUCUUUAUUUCAGCCAUUUCCAAUGUUGGAGAGUCUCCAGUUUGAAGAGAUGUUAGAAUGGGAGGAGUGGCUACCAUUUAAAGGUGAAAAUAGCGAAUUUCCUUUUCCUUUGCUGAAGCAUUUGAGUUUAUCCGAAUGUCCGAAGUUGAGAGGAAACUUGCCCAACCAUCUGCCUUCAUUAAAAGAGGUUAGUAUCUCAAAGUGCAACCAAUUAGAGGCAAAAUCAUGUGAUCUACACUGGAACACAUCAAUUGAAUCUUUAAGAAUUAGUGAAGGGGGAAAAGGCUUGUUGUCUCUUCUUGACGAAUUUUCGUAUGAGAAGCUAAAUAUUUUCAAAUGGGAUAGCUUGUCGUGUUUGCCAAGAAUGAUACUAGGUGCCAAUUGUCUUCAAUGGUUGACUCUUAAGAGGAUCCCCUCUUUGAUUUCCUUCCCAAAUGAUGGUUUGCCCACGUCAUUGAAAUCACUUGAGAUUAAUUAUUGUGAGAACUUAGAAUUUUUAUCUCAUGAAACGUGGCACAAAUACACAUCACUUGAAUCUCUGGAAAUUAGGCAUAGUUGUCAUUCUCUUACGUCCAUUACAUUAGAUUGUUUCCCUGCUCUUGAACGUCUAAGCAUCAUCUCGUGUCCCAACUUGGAAGCAAUUACUACUCAAGGUGGAGGGCCUGCUCCCAAAUUAAUAAAUUUUAAGGUCCGUGAUUGUGAGAAACUUAGGUCACUUCCAGAACUGAUUGAUCUCCCUUCCCUUAAAUACUCAAGUCUCUCUAAGCUUGCAGUGGUAGCAUCAUUUGGUGCAAGGUUUUUUCCUUCAAGUUUACAAUCACUGACGGUUAAUGUUGGAAUGUUAUCAUGUAUGUCUAAAGAUGAGUUAGGUUUCAUAUUCCCACGACUCACUUCUCUGUCUCAUCUUCGUAUUGAGGGUGGUGGGGAGGCAGAUGUUGUUAACAUCAUGCUGAAGGAGCCGUUACUGCCCACUUCUCUUCAAGGGUUGUACCUUCAGUGGCUUGAUGGUUUGAAGUGUUUGGGAAUGGAAGGAAAAGGGCUUCAACAUCUCACAUCUCUCCAGUCUCUCUCCCUAUGGGGUUUAGAUGAAUUGAAGUCGUGGGAAGGGAAUGGGCUUCAACAUCUCACUUCUCUUCGAUACCUUGAGAUCGGUUAUUGUGGAAGCCUAGAGUCCUUGCCAGAAGAUCACUUGCCAUCCUCUUUUGAAUUUUUGACUAUAAGGAACUGUCCUUUACUAGAAGAAAGGUAUCAAAAUCAGAAAGGGAAAUAUUGGUCUAAGAUUGCCCACAUUCCUUCCAUCUCGAUAAAGGAUGAAGUGAUAAUAUGAGUGGUUGGAUGACUAGAAAUCAUCGAAAAGUUGGUAGCUGAGGUGGUGGGCACAUGAUAUUUGUCGGUUGUGAAGGUUCCAAAUUGCUCUAUUAGUUGCAUUGAAUCAGCUUAACCAAACUCUACAAAUUUCCUCGUUAUCAUUUGUAAUUGGUCAAAUCAAACUUGUGGUUUGUUGAUGUUGAAUGUUGAUGUCCAAUUAGUUAGUUUUCUUUCGAUGAACUAUCUUUGUUUGUAAAAUUAGAAUGUAUUUGAUUAUAUUUGUGA